UUCGAAUUGGGAUUAUCUAUGGCUGGAUUAUUUAUUACUAGAAAUAAUUAAAUCCGAAGAUAAGUCACAUUUAUAAAUAUUCGUCGCUGCGUAAUUAUCGAAAUUAGUAGUGUAACAAUCGUCUGUCAAAAUGUGCACACUGGUGAAAUGUUUGUUAGUGGCGGCCGUAGCUGUUACAGUUUCCAGCCAUAGCCUGGGGCCUCAAGAUGUGGUCUUCCAUUUAUUUACAAGGGCAAAUCCCAGCCAGAGCCAAGUGUUGUUCCCGACGGAGAGCUCAAUCUUGGUUUCCAACUUUGCACCUAACAAACGCACCAUCUUUACUAUCCACGGGCUUCAAGACUUCGACAACUCCAACGCCUUUAUGGUUCCCGCCCACAUGGAGGCUGAGGAUGUGAACGUGAUCGCCGUGGACUGGAGGGCUGGAUCCAACACGUACUCCGAGGGCGUGUCGCAGGCGAACCAGGUCGGGCUCAUCAUCUCAGGGUUCAUCAAUCUGCUCAACAACCAGUUCAGCUAUCCACCUUCGCAGAUCAGAAUUGUGGGCGUCGGUUUAGGAGGUCACAUUGCUGCUAUUGCCGGCAGGCUGGUCGUAGGAAACAUUCCACACAUCGUAGCCAUCGAUCCUUCACUGCACGGUUGGUCUCACCACCCCGGCCGUCUGGGUACCGACGCCGCCACCAUUGUGGAGGUUCUGCACACCACAGCUGGUAUCCAAGGUUACGACUUGCCCCUCGGCCACAUCGACUUCUACCCCAACGGUGGCUCCCAGCAGAUCGGCUGUGGCAUGGACGUCAGCUGUUCCCACGUUUAUGGAGUUGCUUUCUAUGCAGAGUCUAUAGUCGCCCCAAACAGAGGCACUCCUAACUUCGUCGGCACUGCCUGCGACAGCCACCAACAAGCCAUGACUAUGCGCUGCACAGGUGCAAAUAAUGUCAACUUCGGAGGCGCCGCGGUUAAAACGAGCGGUUCCGGAAUUUUCGUUUUUGCUACUAACGCUGUUUCGCCAUUCGCGAGAGGUUAAUGAGCCACUCGGGAGUAGUGCAAUAAUUCGAUGACUUUCUGUUUUUUAUAAUUGGAUUUUUCGAUAAAAACGCUUAUUGUAAAAUUUGAAUAGUUUAAUUUUUUCUAUGUUUGAGCUUUGUGGUUAAAGCUUUUCUAUGUAUUGACAACACAGUAAUCUGCACAAAAUAAAAAGGUCCUUUUAAAAAAAUAUUUAUAUUGAAUUCGGAAAUUUGGAUUUUCUUAUGUCUUAUCAUAUAUAAUAAUAAUAUAAUAAAUGUUUAUUCGAUUUCUGUUUACAAUAAAUUACUUAAUUCUAGAAAUAACAAAAGAUAUAUAACUUAUACUAUAGCCUGUACUAGGUAAACCUGUGUUUCAGGCAAAAGUCUUCUACCACUAUAUAUAUGUGUAUACAAUAAUUAUUAAAAUAAAACCAGAACAAUAAUUAACUAAAUCAGCAUUAUAACUUAAAUGUACUCUAAGAUAAGGUACUAUUUAUUUUGAAAAGGACAUCAACAUCUCUGUAUCGUCGUAGGACAUACUUAAUAAGGCAUCGUGAAUAAUCGUUUGGCAUGUUUAUAAUUUAGACUAUAUAUAUUUAGUUUACUAUUUAGUCCGUUGUAUAAAAAUGGUCCUAGAAAUAAAUAAAAUCUGGAAGCGAAACUAUGCUUUGUAAAAAUACUUUGCCGGCAAACUAUAUCUUUCCGUCUUUUGUUAGUAGUGUCAAUAUUAAAUGGUAGUGCGGCAUGUUGUUUCAAAACUAUGUGCAUUAUAUACAAUUGCCUAACAGUUAGUACUUGACAACACUUAUAUAGAAGAUUAGUAGGAUACAGAAAUGGAAGGAAAGAAGAAACCUUCAAAACGGCUCUCUGGGCUCUUUCAAGACUUAAUACUAAAGUUUUAAAUGUACUUCUCCAUGAUGUGAUGCAAUAAGUUAGUAUAGACUGACAUAAAGCAGAGUACACUUGUUUUAUUAAUUUAGAAUCUGCAAUUACGCGCGUUUUUUUAAAAACAAAUAUUAGUUUACGGACUCUAUUGCUCAGUGCAUUAAUAUGUGGCCUAAAUGAGAGAGUUUCGUAAAUGAUUACACCCAGAUAUUUAAUUUGGUUUUUACUAUCGACAACUGGACACUGACUCUGGCAAUUGGUAGGGUCCUCACAAAUAUGAACAUUCAAUUUACUUAUUGGUGCAGUCAGGGCUUUGCGCAAACUAAAUCUGAUAUAUUUAGUUUUGUCAGAGUUAAGUGUAAGUAGAUGCUGCUGCAGUCAGUUGUUAACAAUGGUGAAGCCUUUUUGUGUACAUUUGUGAACUUCUGCCUCAGAAUUUGCAGAAAAUAAUAAGACAGUAUCUUUAGCAUAAGAAAUUAUUCUGCCACUUUCCAGUUUCAGAUUACAUAGGUCAUUUAUGUACAACAAAAAUAGAGUAGGGCCUAAUAUACUUCCCUGCGGAACCCCAUAAUAGGUGUUGUUUAGAUCUGAACUAAUAACAUUACCUAGUUUUACACACUGAGUGCGUUCGCAUAGGUAAUUCUCAAAUAAUUUAAGCUGGGUGCCUUUUAUACCCAAGGAUUCUAGCUUUUGCAACAAGAUGGGUUCGGAAACUGCAUCAAAUGCUUUUGCUAGGUCAAGAAAUAUACCUAUUGUCUUAUUGCCCUUAUCAAGUUCCUGUACUAAAUAGUCAGUAAGUUGAUGAACAGCAUCGGCAGUAGAUAACUUGGUCCUAAAACCAAACUGAUUUUUCGAUAAUAUACAUUUGUUUUCCAAAUAUUUCACAAGUCUAUUGUUAAUAAUUUUUUUCAAAUUUUUUGAUAUAGCAGGAAGAACAAAAAUGGAUCUAUAGUUUGUUACCUGAUCUCUACUGCCAGAUUUAAAUAAAUGUUUAAAAAAUCUGCUUUUUUAAACAUUUAGGGAAGAUGCCUUUAUUUAAACACUUUUGGAAAAUGUUAGUUAGCGGUGGAACGAGGAUGUGCUUAUAUUGUUUUAGUAUUUUAUUUGAGAUAUUAUCCCAUCCAACUGCAGAUUCAUCUUUUAGGCCUGUUAUUAUACUUGCAACUUCAGCUUCGUCAGUUUGUAAAAGAACAAAUGAAUUUAUAUUAUUUGUGCAAGCUGUCUUAAUAGAUGAAAAUGACCUAGUUUUAUGAUUAUGAACAUUUUCUGCUAGAUUUUUGCCAAUAUUGACAAAGAAAUUAUUUUCUCAAUUUGCAGAUGUUAAUUGUGACAAAUGACCUUGUAAUAGACCUGAAGAUGACUCAUGCUGUUUUGACAAAAAAGCAACAUUUUUUAUAAACUUCCACACCUUUUUACUGUUGCUACCCGCUUUUUCCAGUUAUGUCUUAUCAUAGUUAAUUUUAAUUUUCUAAGGGUAUCGUUACAAAAGUUUCGGUACCUUUUGUAAGACUGUUGCAAUAUUAAAUUACAGGGAUUUGCUUUACCCUUCAUAUGUAAUUUGUCUCUAUGUCCAUACAGCGAAUUAGUCCUGGAGUAAUCCAGGGCUUAAUAUUGUAAUUUUUGUUACAUAAUUUUAUUAUUGUAGUGCUUUUAGAUAUCGCUUGUUGUACAUUAUUUACUAAGUAAGACAUACUAGAUUCCGCGUCAUCGCAACAAUAAACUGGGUCAAAGUCAAUGUAACUUAUUUCUUGCCUGAGUUUAUGUGCAUUUAUUUUAGUAAAUGUUUGCGUGCAUUUUAGUUUCGGAAUAUUACGAUUUAAGUUUAGUAGGACGGCUCUGUGAUCGGUAAUUGAGGAGUUAGUAACUAACGUCAUUGAUGGAAACUUGGAUUUUAUCAUAAUGUGAUCUAAACAAGAGCCACUUUGAUGAGUGGGAAGCAUGUGCGCGGGAAGUAAGCCAUGAUACGAACAUAAAUUGAAAUAAACCUGAGUACUAAACUGAUUACACUCUGGGACAAUAUUGAUAUUUAUAUCUCCGAUUAAUACAAUAUUUUUGAAGGAAGAUAAAUUAAUUAAUGUUUCAUGAAGAGAUUCAAUAAUACUGUUUAUGUUUUUAAAUGAAGGUAGUGGUCUAUACAGAGCUAGUAUUGCAACAUCAGAGUCGAUUUUAAUUGGCAAUCUGUUACAGUCUUAUAGUAUUUGGCUCCUCUAUAGAAAGAAUUCAAUUGUUUCUUGCAUAAACUACAACACCAUCAUUUUGAUUAUAGUUUACUUUGCUGUUAUAGAUACUAAAGCCUGGUAUGAGAGGUAAACGGCUAUUUUUACUAAGCCAUCAUUCGGUUAAAACGAUGAUGUCGCAGUCAAUAUCUAAUCUCUGUUGGAAAAUAUUAAAAUUAUCAAAAAUUUUAAAAACACUGCGUAUGUUAUAUAAAGUAAGUAUAUAAAAUAUUUAUUAUCUCAGCUCAGUUCUUAUUAGAUAAGUUAUAAAAAAAAAUGAAAUCAAUUUCAUAUGGCUCUGAUCACUAUCAGAUUCAAUAGCUAUUGACUUUGCAUAUCGUUAUUAAGAUUACAUUUAAUUGAUAGAGUCCCCCGCAAAGCUUAAAAUAUUUGUACGGUAUCAUGAUACUGAUACUAUCAGUAAAGAAAUUCAUAAAACAUAUUAUACUUUUUUGGUUCCAUACAUGAUCAGGCUUGUUUCUUUUAUUACAAGCACACCAGUCUAUUUAAUUAAAAUACUUUUUAAUUGCAAUUUAUAUGUAUAUAAAAAUAUAAAAAAUAUACGUGAUUGAUAAUUUAUGAAAGCUGCAGGUCAUACUGUUCUAAGACUACUUCCAUAUCAUCCAGACCUCAACCCGAUCGAGGUUGUCUGUCCAGAGAUCAUGCUAAUGCUACAUUGCACAAGAAAAUUACAAUACUAACAAGGCUAUUUUCCGAAUCCUCUAUCGAACAAUGGCAAACAUGCGAUGACAACGUACAAACUAAAUAUGAAGAAGAAUACUGGAACCAUGAUUUGAGAUUUGAUAGUAUGACGGACGAAAUUAUUAUAAACUUACAAGAUGAUUCUGAAUCAAGUUCAGAGAGUUCAGAAUCAAGUGAUUUAGAGGAUAUGUCAGAGUAAUUUCAUAUAUAUCAAUUAAAUAAUUUCAUAUCUCGAUAAAACAUGUCAUAAUAAUUUUAUAAAGGUACCGUAAGUGAGAGUUACUUUAGCUCGGGCGAGUAACUUUGUCCCAAAUCAUAAAAAUUUUGAACUUGCCGCCCCAUCAGUAUCUCUUGGGUGACCGUAAUAGUUCCAGUUGAAAAUCACAGAUAGCCAUAUAGGUGCGUAGUGUGAUGUUGUUUUACCGACAUCGUUCCUGUACCAAGUUGUCAUUGUAACGCGGGAUUUUUGUAACUGAAAUAGUUCGCAAGUUCAUGCGCAAACUUUCUCAAAACUGUGGUUUUCGGUAAGUUUACUAUUUUUUCUAAAUUUAAAGUUAUAUUUUUUAUUUAAUAUGAUUAUUUUUGGGCAAAAACAUCCAUUUGUGUAUUCAGUAUGCUAAUGGUGAUCUGUUAUAAGGGUUACUUAACCCCAACAUGCCUUAAAAUAAGUUUUUUUCACAGAGAAAACUCAACGAGCUAAAGUAACCCUCUUUAAGGCCAACUUUGGCCCAAAAUUAAUAAAAUAGUGUCCCUAUGGAUGGAAUAGGGAGAUUGGGCCAUGACCCAUCACGCGGGCCCAGUGCGGGUUGGUGGGUGCUAACGACUGCAGAUGCAGCCGGGACCAAUGGCUUAACGUGCCUUCCGAAGCACAGAGGAGCUUGAGAUAGUAAAUUUUUGGUUUGGAUGGGUUCCAAUGACCGACCACUGCGAAAGUUGCUUAAAUUCAACGAUCGCAGCCGAACGCGCUAACCACUUGCGCCAUCGAGCUCCUCAUAUAUAAUAUAGAGGAUUCAUAUCAAGGGUGUAGAAAGAAAUGUGGGUUUAUCACACGAGGCGAAGCUGAGCCCUCAUUAUACAACAGUUGCAUAAAUAACUAUUGUAUCACGUUUUUAGCAUAUCUACUUUCAUUCUCAUUACCCGGCGAAGACACUCAUUUUUUAUAAAACCAAAUUCGAACAAAGGCGGAAUUAAAUUGUGUUUUUGUCACUCUUCCGUUUUACUAUUUCACGCGUUUGUACUUUUUCACAAACUUUUUAUAUAUUUGGUGAGCUUGCAUAAAAUAGUCGUUAUUGAUCACUUUGGUGAUUGGAGCUUUUACUAACAGUAUCCACAUUAUCCUAAUUCAAAUCACUUUUAGUCCCUAGGGAUUAAAACGCUGUUUUGCUUCCUGUAAACAGAGAUCAAACUAGCUCUUUUCGAACAGAUGUGAUAAAAACAAAAUAUAUUCUUCCACAUUUGGGACAGUUGAAAUACACAGAGAAAUCGAAUAAAUUAAAUAAUUGUCGAAACAUGCACAUUUGAAUAACGUUUAUUCGCACUCUAUAGUUACAAAUUUAGAAACGGAUCCAUUAGUCAAUAGGAAAUGGUUUACACAAACCAUCAAUAUUUUUUGAAAUAAUAGUAAUAAUAAAUCUUUAUUUGCUAGUAAUCAUAGUAUACAAAGGUGUCACAAUAAACAGAGCCCCAUUUUUAGCUAAAAUUAGUUAGCAUAAAAAAUUACUAAACUUCCACGUAUCUUAGUGCUACCAUUUAUAACCGCGAAUUUACAUCGCAUCACAAGUAUCUGCAAGCUCACACGAAUGCUUCGAUCUGACUCGCAUCGCGCAUUC